ACCGUCGCCCGUCCCUCGCAGUGUUCGUGCUCAGGGACAGAUAUUCAAUGUGACAGGAGAAGCCUCACAUCUGUGCCUGCGGGAAUCCCUACCAAUGCGCAGAUUCUGCAUUUGCAAGUCAAUAAGAUCACGAAGCUCGAGCCUGGGGUCCAUGACUACCCUCUGCGGUUAUUCAGUCUGACCCAGAUGACCGUUAUAGAUCUGAGUGGCAACCAGCUGCAGCCUCUUCCCGAGGGGGUGUUUGACCACCUGGUGAAUCUGCAGCAGCUGUGGUCGAACAGCAACCAGCUGACCUCUUUCCGCUGGGGUGAACUCGCGUCUCUCCCCACUGGGGUGUUUGAUAAACUGACCCAGCUCGUUCAUCUGGAACUGCAGUUCAACCAGCUGAAGACCAGCAUUCCCAGGGGCGCCUUUGACAACCUCAAGAGCCUCACUCACAUCUGGCUGUACGACAACCCCUGGGACUGUGCCCUGCGCUGA